CAUCAGCUUCCUCUUCCAUCCAAUCUUUGUACGUCAUUUUACGCUGGUGAUGAAUUGAUUCGUAACAAGAUGCUCUAUAAUUCCCCGACAGGUCCUUAUCCAUCUUUAGGUAUUAGAGACAUGCGUCAGUUUUGGCUCUCUCGUAUUUAUCCGCGGUCUUUUGGGCUCCGUGAACCGUAUUCGGCCAAAGGGUUAAAUAAGCGUGCAUUGCAUGUGUGCAGUAUUUAUUGAUUUCAGGCUGCUCAAGUAUUGGUUGGUUUGUUCUUUGUUGAAAGCCUCUUUUUUUUUUUUGUUUUUUUGCUUCACCUUUUCUUUUUGACUCUUCCAUGGAGGAUUAGGUGAUGGAGUUCAAUAUGGAUGCUCAGAAGAGCUCUAGGCUGAGCGUGACGAUGCUAACGUACCUCGGUUUUGCGAUUCUCGGCCUCGUGAAUGCGAUUGUGCCGUUCAUCGUACAUUCAGCAAAUUACCUCAUCAUUCCAUAUCCACGAUGGAUCGUUCUUCUUAUCGAGACUCUUCCAGCCUUGGCCACGAAACUAUUAAUGCCACAUGUUCUUCAUCGUAUUCCUUACUGGAUGCGUCCUCUCACCAUCGGAGCAGGCUGGAUCAUUGUGGCUAUCAUCACAAACGUCACGCCGCCUAAUAUUGCACCGCCACUCCGAAUCUUGACAUCGGUUCUGGCAUCGAUAUCCGCUGCUGCAAUGGAGGUUUCGUUCUUGGGAAUGUUACGGUACUACGGCCGUGUUGGACUCGCAGGAUGGGGCGCUGGUGUUGGAGCCGGAGACGUAUUCUGCGCCGUCUUACCCUUUGUCCUAACAGUCUGGCUGGAGUCCUUCUUACGGGACUUUAUUGACUGCAUUUAUGCACUUACGGGCGCUAUGCUCGUGGCAUUCUUUGUCAUUCUCCCAGGAGCACCUGUUAACUAUCCCCAUGCGCAACAGGAAGCGUCAAAGGUGGAUGUGGAGGAUGCUUCACUUCUAGCCCAGGAUCCAGUCGAGCAGCUCUCACGUAUGCUCAGCACGAGAAACCGACUUAACCUCACGAAAGCCAUGAUUCGACCAUUCAUGAUGCCUUUAUUUGGAGCAUUUUAUAUUCAGGCUUUGGCGUACCCAGGAAUCUCACGCGCUUUACCUCUUCCUGCGUCGUAUACCUCGUUCUUCUCUUAUUUCACCACAUACGGCCUCGCUUUCCAACUCGGCAACUUUAUCUCCCGAACGCACACGCUUUUCUUCCGACCCACUAGCACCAAAGCCGCUUUUACAAUUAUCGGGGCUUCGACCUUCAUCUUGCUCGCCAACUCGAUCUUUCUGGUCUUCUCAACAGAAGUCCUUGUGGGUCUACUGGCUUUCGGAGCUGGUAUUGGAGGAGGAGCAGUUUAUAUGACUGUUUUCGACCGGCUGCUGCAAGACAAGUCUUUCGAGUCGGGGGUCAACUUGGAGUUUGGUCUUCAGGUGGUGGGUGUUGGCGAGACUUCUGGUGUUAUUGUUGGUGGGUUGCUGGGCGUGAUGCUCGAAAGUCUGAUGUGUGGAGGCACAUUUACAACCACAAAAAGAUGGUGCCAUACCGGUCAUUGAUGAGUGUAAACACGGAUGAUAGAGACGGCCUGGAUAGUAAGAUUUAUGACUAAAUGAACAAUUGAAUUCGAUUAAGAAAAUUACACUCGACUUACAGCCAUCCCGAUUUGGGCUAAAAUCAUGAUCAUCCUAUCAAGCCCUUUCAAAUUAUAG